AUGAGUGAUACCAGAGAAGAGCUACAGUCUAAGAUAGACAAGUUGAAGGAGGAGAUAGAGCAGCGUAAGCGAGACACUCAGACAGCUUCAGGCUCUGUUGAGCCAAAGGCCGUUGCCGAUCCCGGUUCAAAGGUUGCUAAGUUUUCGUAUAGCUAUCCUGUUCAAAAUACAAGGUUUAGAGGUAGCAGGGGCCGAGGUCGGUAUUCCGUUCCUCGACACAGAAACCUGACUCUGGUGCUAGCGCAGGGUACGCCAUCAGACCCCGAAAACGGACUGUCUGAUCCCUCAGAGCAUGAAGGGGAGAUACCUGUGGGUGCUGGAGACAGAUUUGUGUCAAAGGUAACAAAACGUGGUCUCAGUCUGGUGAAUGAGAAGGUGUAUGCUAAAGAGGAGGAGCGACUACAAGCAAUUGCCACUCGGAAAGCCGAAGCUAAGCUGGCAUUAAAAGCGGAGAGGCAUAGGAUGGCGGUUCUGAAAGCGAUUUCAGCCAACAGACUUAUGUAUGGUGAUGUUAACAGGAGGAUUAUCAACGGACACCAGUUCGUUCAGGUGAAAAAUACCACCAGGCUUCUAUUAGUGUCUGACCCCAUCCCCAACUUUCCGCACCAAAUCGCCAUAGACGGACUCAAGUACCAGACCUCUCGCGGAGUUGAGUAUAAAUUGGUAGUUGAGCCUAACGGGGUUGAACCGUGCGUAUCUUUUUCUUUGAGAUCUGGUGAACCAGAGUUUCUAACAGCCACCACCAGCACGCGAACUCGCGAAUAUUGCAAACAUUAUUCACGAGCUGGUAAGUAUUUGGAGUUCAAGAGUUCAGACUCAGCAACGUUUACUAACAGAACAUCUCCGCGUUUUCUACUAGGCAUAUGCAGGAAUGGAGAAACAUGCCGUUUCAUCCACGAUCCAGAAAGAAUCGCUCUCUGCAAAGACUUUGUGAGAGGAAGUUGUUUCAAGGCUGACUGCCUCUUGCAACAUAAGCCCACCCAGUAUAACUCACCUUCGUGCAAGUUUUUCAAUAUUGCCGGUGGUUGUACAAAUGAGAACUGUCUUUACACCCAUAAGGUUGAGACCAAUGAUGUGGUGUGUAGGCCGUUUGCUGUUGGUGGUUAUUGCGAGGCAGGUCGUGAUUGCGAGUUCAGACACAGCUGGGAUUGUCCUGACUUUAUUGAUUAUGGAUCAUGUCCCAUGCUGCCGGCUUGUAGACUCAACCACGUCAGGCCCAAAGUUUUUAGUCACAACAUCGUCAGAAACGAGGAUAAUGACGGAGUCAGCCCUAUCAAUCAGGAUUCUGUGUUUUCGUGGAGAACAUCUGAUGAUGGUUCUUUGGUAAUAUCAGGCAGCGACUCUGAUGAUGCUGAUUCUGAGAUCGGUGCCUUAAAUCCUGAAGAGGAAAUGGAUCACAAGGCAGAUUUCUUGGAAUUUCAAUGA